AUGUCGGCCUCCAUACCAGGCAACCGCGAGCUGCCCGAGUCGCAGUAUGACCUCAGCACGUACUGGGGCCGUGUCAGGCAAACUGCUGGCAUAACCGAUCCGAGGACAUUGCUAGUGGGCAAGACGGGACUCGAGCAGGCGAAGAAGGCCUUGGGAACUUAUAAGACGGGCCAGGUGCAAGAGAUGACACCAGAGCUAUGGCAGGCCAAGAAGAUUGUCGAUUCCACUCUACAUCCUGACACCGGAAACCCGGUCUUCCUGCCAUUCCGCAUGUCCAGCUACGUCCUCUCCAACCUGGUGGUGACGGCGGGCAUGCUGACUCCGGGUCUCGGGAAUACGGGCACUGUCCUGUGGCAGAUAGCCAACCAGUCCAUGAACGUGGCUAUCAACAACGCCAACGCAAACAAGUCCACGCCACUGUCGUAUUCCCAAAUUGCCCAGUCAUACUUCCUUGCCGUCGGCGCAUCCUGCUCCGUUGCAGUGGGCCUGAACUCCCUCGUUCCACGCCUUUCAAAUCUGCCACCAAACACCCGCCUGAUCCUGUCUCGGCUCGUGCCUUUCGCUGCAGUCGCGUCGGCAGGAGCUCUCAAUGUGUUUCUCAUGCGCGGUGAGGAGAUGCGCACCGGCAUCGACGUAUACCCCGUGCUGUCUGAGCAGGAGAAGCAGCGCCUGGCCAAGGAGGGCAAGGCCGAGAACGAAGUCCAGAGCCUGGGCAAGAGCAAGAAGGCCGCGCAGCUCGCGGUCGCCGAGACGGCCCUGUCCCGGGUGCUGAACAGCAGCCCGGUCAUGGUGAUCCCGCCAUUGAUACUGGUCAGGCUGCAAAAGACAGAGUGGCUGAAGAAGAACCCCAGGCUGACCACGCCGGUCAACCUGGGCCUGAUCCUGGUGACGAGUUACGCGGUGUUGCCGCUCGCGCUGGCGGCGUUCCCGCAGCGGCAGAGGGUGCGGGCGGAUAGCCUCGAGGAGGAGUUCCACGGGCACGGAGGAGACGGCGGGUUAGUGGUGUUCAACCGGGGCAUCUGA